AAACUAAAAUCUAAUGAUGUGAACCCGUUUUUGAUCCGGAAGCCAUUGGAACUAGGAAGACAUAGCAUACGAACAGUGAAAAACGGGGAAAAGAGCUGCGGAGGAGAAGACUACCGGCAGAGCAGGGAGAAGCACUCAAUUCAAUUCAAAUAAAUUCAAGGUUUCGAGCCCUAGUGUCAUGAUCCUAUGUUAUUGUCCGCAUCUUAAUCGCCACCAUGAUCAACGCACCCAACGGCAUGAUAUCCCCGUCUUCGUCCGCUACCGCCCAAUCCCCUGGUCUCAAGACUUAUUUUAAGACUCCUGAAGGUCGCUACAAGCUUCAGUACGAGAAGACGCAUCCUUCCGCCCUCCUUCACUAUGCCCACGGGAAAACAGUCACUCAGGUAACUCUUGCACAUCUCAAGGAGAAGCCAGCUCCUUCAACGCCAACUGCCCCACCAUCAAGUUUUAGUGCCAGCAGUGGGGUACGGUCAGCAGCUGCUAGAUUGUUGGGAGGUGGCAAUGGAAGCCGCGCACUUAGUUUUGUUGGUGGAAAUGGUAGCAGCAAGAGUAUUGGAGUGAACAGUAGGAUUGGUUCUCUUGGUGCCUCAAGUUCAAGUAGUUUAUUGGCUAAUUCAAAUUUUGAUGGCAAAGGAACGUACUUGAUCUUCAAUGUUGGUGAUGCAAUUUUUGUUAGUGAUUUGAAUUCUCAAGACAAGGAUCCCAUAAAGUCCAUUCACUUCAGUAAUUCAAAUCCUGUGUGCCACGCCUUUGAUCAGGAAGCAAAGGAUGGCCAUGAUUUGAUUAUCGGUUUGAGUACGGGUGAUGUCUACUCUGUGUCACUGAGACAGCAAUUACAGGAUGUGGGUAAAAAGCUUAUAGGAGCUCAUCAUUACAACAAAGAUGGUUCUGUCAAUAACAGUCGUUGUACUAGUAUUGCAUGGAUUCCUGGAGGUGAUGGUGCUUUUGUUGUUGCUCAUGCCGAUGGGAAUUUGUUUGUAUAUGAAAAGAACAAAGAUGGUGCUGGAGAUUCUUCAUUCCCAGUUAUUAAAGAUCAAGCUCAAUUUUCUGUUUCUCAUGCACGUUACAGUAAGAGUAAUCCAGUAGCCAGAUGGCAUAUAUGCCAGGGUUCAAUUAACAGUAUUUCUUUCUCAAAUGAUGGGGCAUACUUAGCAACUGUUGGUCAUUCAGGCUAUUUGCGAGUGUUUGAUUUCUCUAAGGAACAACUUAUAUGUGGUGGUAAAAGUUAUUAUGGUGCUUUGUUAUGUUGUGCUUGGAGCAUGGAUGCAAAAUAUAUUUUGACUGGAGGAGAAGAUGAUCUUGUGCAAGUUUGGAGCAUGGAGGACCGGAAGGUUGUGGCAUGGGGUGAAGGACACAACUCAUGGGUCAGCGGAGUGGCUUUCGAUUCAUAUUGGACACCACCAAAUUCAAAUGAUAAUACUGAAACUGUUAUGUAUCGGUUUGGAUCUGUUGGUCAGGAUACACAAUUGCUUCUUUGGGACCUGGAAAUGGAUGAGAUUGUGGUACCAUUGCGGCGUGCACCUGGUGGAUCCCCCACAUACAGUGCUGGGAGCCAGUCAUCUCACUGGGACAGUGUUGUCCCAUUGGGCACACUGCAACCUGCUCCAAGCAUGCGUGACGUUCCAAAAAUCUCGCCUCUGGUUGCUCAUCGUGCGCACACUGAACCCCUUUCAGGCUUGAUAUUUACCCAGGAAUCCGUACUCACUGCCUGUCGGGAAGGACACAUUAAAAUCUGGACGCGACCAGGGAUAGCUGAGAGCCAGCCAAGCAGCUCUGAAACCUUGUUAGCUGCCACCUUGAGGGAGAGACCACUACUUACAAGCAAGGUUAGCAAUGCUAGUUACAAACAAUGACUGAUUAUAUUCUGUCAAUCUAAAGGGAAUUGAAUCCCUUUUUUUUUUUACUUGGUUGAUUAUCGUUUUAUCCGGUUGGUUUCCUAGUUUUCACAUGAUUGUCUCAUAAGAUGAACCAACUGGUCCUACUGUAUAUUCAAGGAUGAGCAUGGCAUGCCAUCGAUGGCAAAGAGAGGAUGAGAGAAUUCUCUAUCAAUUCCAUCUGUAAUUAGAAAACGGCUGUGGUCAGAGUAGAUCUAAUAACAGGAAUAAUGUGAAAUUGAUCCCCGGUUACCUUGUACUUUAAAGUGCAUCGGUUUCCUUAUUUA